AGUGGACGUGCUGUCCUUCAACUGCAUAUGGCUGUGUGUAUUCAUCUAAACAAUUAAAGUUUGAAGAAUAAUGAGUCUGAACAAAGGUUCUGACCUAAAUGUCACCAAUCCAUGCCCUCCAGAGAUGCUGCCUGACAAAAGAAGUGUCUUGACCCGAAACGUCACCCGUUCCUUCUCUAUAGAGAUGCUGCAUGUCCCGCUGAGUUACUCCAGCUUUUUGUGUCAAUCUUCGGUUUAAACCAGCAUCUGCAGUUCCUUCUCAAACAUGCUGCCUGACCAGUUAAGUUAUCUGAGCACUUUGCAUUCAAAGCAAUCACAUUUGUCAACACUACACAGAGCCAUAUACUGUAAAUGAAUAACACUUCAAGGAUUUGUCAGAAAGUUUCAUAAAAUCCAGCAUUGAAUUUCUUACUUUCUUUCAAUUAACAGCUUUGAAGAAUAAUCUCUUGAACAAGUCGAAAGUGAGAGGUAAACCAUGGACAAGAAAGUUAUUAAUCAAGCAGUUAAAAGCACCAUGCCAGGGGCCAAGAUAAAGAAAUCAUCAGUUCCAGGAGUCACAUUGGUGGAGUUUACGGAAAAUAUCCCUGAAGGAUGUAGUGCGCCUGAUAUUGAACGACGUCCAAUUUCACUGACUGUGCAAGAAGGUAAAAUUGCUAAUUUUAAAGCACUCGUACGUGGAAAUCCAAAGCCUACUGUAGUCUGGAGCUUCAAGGAGGACAUUCUCACAGAUGAGAACAAUUACAAGAUCUAUCAGGACAAGGCUACGAAUGAAUAUAUUUUGCAGGUGAAGAAACUGAGUUCAGAACAUGCUGGUUCGUACAGGUGUGUCUUUUCUAAUGAAUAUGGAGAAGCCAGGUGUGUAACACAUCUGGGUAUUAUCGAAGUUGGCUUCAAGAGGAAACUGAAAAAACCUGGACAGAUACAAGAAAAAGUGCAAGACCCUGUGGACUUUCGGAAGAUGUUGAAAAAAUGUGCCAAACCCGUAAAGAAGGAAGAUGACGAUGACAAUCAAAAAAUCUGGGAAGUCCUCAUGAAUGCUGACAAGAAGGAUUACGAAAGGAUUUGUAUGCAAUAUGGUUUAACUGACUUUCGAGGCAUGUUGACCAGGCUGAAGCAGAUGAAAAUUGAAAGAGAGGAAAAGCAAGCAGAGUAUGUGAAAUCGAUUACCAAUUUGAAACACGUUGAAACAAAGGCUGAUCGUUCAGCUAACUUUGGAUUUGAUAUGGAACUCAAGACCCCAAAUCUGUCUAUAUUCCUAUUCAAGGUACCUGAAUUUUUUUUCUCAGUGAAAUAUAUUACCUUACCAUAUAACGAUCAACAAAUGAUCCCGUAUUCAAUGACUGAUGAUGGAAAACAUAAUCUUAACCAUGUUGGCAAACAAUAUAACUUCUCCAUCAAAGAUCUCCAGCCUGACGAUGUUGGGAUGUACAAGAUAAAUGUUGAAGAUGCAUCUAUUUUUGCAACAGUGGUUGAUUUCAAUCAUAUCCCUGUUCAUUUCAAACAGCCGUUGCAAGAAUGUAAAUGCAAUGAAGCGGAAGAUGCUGUCUUUCAAUGCACCAUUUCAGUACCCAUCCCCGUAGAAUGGGCAUUCAAAAAGAGGACACUGGAAAGUAGUGACAAAUAUCACAUGACGGUCUCACCAGAUGGUUUAACACAUUGUCUGACUGUAAAGGGUGUUCUGCCUGUAGAUAAAGGAGUGUAUGUGAUUACAGCAGGAGCUGGUUCCUCAAGUGCUUACCUUAUAGUGGGAAAAAACCUCGGUGGCACUUCAUCUCGUUCAGGAAGUGGAAAAGGCUCUUCGGAUAUUAAAUUGGAACAGGAUUUGGAUUCCUUGAAGAAAGAUGGCUCGAAGGGCACUGGGGAUAGAUUACUGCAUGACAAUGAGUUGACAAAGGAUGAUUCGAAGGGAAGAAAUUAUCUCUCAGAAGAUGCCAUAUCUAGAUUUGGAAGAGGAGGUUUACAGGACUCUGAAGCAGAUGGAUCGUACGGAAAUAGUAUAAAUGGCAUUGGGGGAGAUGGCAGAAUGGGAAAAGAUGGCAGUGGUGUUGGUUCUGAUGGAUUAGGCAGAAUGGGUCAAGAUGACAUUUGUAGAUUGGAUGGCAAUGGAAAAGACCACCUGGGCAGAUUGGGUGGAAUGAGAAAAGAUGGGAAAGGUGGUUUGAGUGGAAUGGAUAAGGAUGGGAAUUUAAUUGGAAUGGGAAAAGACAGAGAAGGCAGUUGGGAUGGUCUGAGAGAAGAUGGGAUGGACAGUCGGCAUGGAAUAGGGAAGGAUAUGAGGGGCAAUUUUGAUAGAAUGGGUGUAGAUGGAGCUGACAGUUGGGGUGGAAUGGAAAAAGACGGGAGGAGCAGUGUGAAUGGAAUGGGUAAAUAUGGCAAGGAUAGUUGGGGUGGAAUGGGAAUGGAUGGGAAGGGUCACUUGGGUGGAAUGGAUGGCACAGGUAUUUGGGAUGGAAUGGGCAAAGAUGGGAAAGGCAGUUUGCAUGGAAUGGGAAGAGAAGGAAUGGGAAUUGAUGGUAAAGGCAGAUUGGGUGGAAUGGGAAAAGAUGGAAUUAAUGGAUUAGAAAGAUCAGGUAAAUGUGGCAAGGAAGGAUUGGAUGGAAUAGGAAAGGAUGGCAUUGGUGGAUUAGAUGGAAUGGGAAAAAGUAUGGCUGGAUUAAAUGGAAUGGGGACACUGGGUGGAAUAGGGAUGGAUGGCAAAGGCAGUGGGGAUGGGAUGGGAAAAGAUGGGAUGGGAAAAGAUGGGAAGGGCAGUUGGGAUGGGGUGGGAAAGGACCAAAUGGAUGGAAUGGGAAAGGAUGGGAAAGACAGUUGGGAUGCAAUGGGAAAAGAUGGGAAACCCCAAAUGGAUGGAAUGGGAAAGGAUGGGAAAGACAGUUGGGAUGCAAUGGGAAAAGAUGGGAAAACCCAAAUGGAUGGAAUGGGAAAGGAUGGGAAAGACAGUUGGGAUGCAAUGGGAAAAGAUGGGAAAACCCAAAUGGAUGGAAUGGGAAAGGAUGGGAAAGACAGUUGGGAUGCAAUGGGAAAAGAUGGGAAAACCCAAAUGGAUGGAAUGGGAAAGGAUGGGAAAGACAGUUGGGAUGCAAUGGGGAAAGAUGGGAAAACCCAAAUGGAUGGAAUGGGAAAGGAUGGGAAAGACAGUUGGGAUGCAAUGGGGAAAGAUGGGGAAACCCAAAUGGAUGGAAUGGGAAUGGAUCGAAGGGACAGAUUGGAUGGCAGUGGAAUAACUGGCAUGAAAGAUUUGAAUGGAAAAAACAUAUUGAACACAUCAGGAUGGAAUGAGAUGCAAAAUAAUUUAGAAACUGAUUCUAAUCAAGGUCAAAAUGGCUUGGCAGGGUCUGGUGACUCUGCCUUUGCUGGGGUUGGUGGUGCAGGUCAAGUUAAUCUGAACGACAUUGACGUGUCUAGUAUGGGUGGCACGCUGUCACGCAUGAGUGGCAGUGCUGGAGCUGCAAAAGAUGGACGUGCAUCACUGGCGGCCGAUAAGGCAGGUUUAUUGGGAGAUAAUCAAAUGUCAACCCGAGGUGAAUCCAUGACUGGAAGAAAACAAGACCUGCUGGCUUCUGAUUUGUCCCAGGAGCAACAAAGCAGCAGUACUAGAAAGAGAAAAGGAAAACUUUCUGAAAGUGACCUUGCAGAAGACCAGAAACACAGGAGCAAAGCAGGAGCUCACUAUUUCAAAACUGGUCUGUCAGACAUGGAUGCCCAGAAGGGGGCAGCAGCUGAACUUAGUUGCGUAAUGAAGAAUGAGGAAGCACAAGGUUCCUGGUUUAAGGAUGGAGUACAGAUUACCUCUGGAAAUGGAAGGGCUAUCACAAAGGAAGGAGCGUUACACAAAUUGACCUUGGCUCAUGUACAGGAUGAAGACUCGGGGACAUACACAUUUGAGGCUGAUGGGGGAAGAACAGAAGCUUUACUCUUUGUUAAAGAUCCACCAGGAUUUGAUCAGGAUGUGCUGGACCAGCUGGGAAAGAAACCUAUUGUUGUAAAGGUCGGUCAGUCUGCAGCAGUGAAAGUGCCAUUCACAGGAAAACCACCCAUAAAGGUGUCUUGGUGCAAGGAUGGAGAUGAACUGUUCACCGACAACAGAAUCAAAAUCGACAGCAUUGGAGAUUUUACGCGAUUGUCUAUCUCCAACUGUAAUAGGAAGGACAGUGGAACGUUAACAGUUAAACUGAAGAAUGAAAGUGGCACAUCAAGUGCAAACAUUAGCCUGUGUGUCACUGAUAAACCACAAGCACCUCAGGGGCCUGUGGAGGUUCUAGAAAGUUCCGAAAGCUGCAUCUCCUUUAAAUGGAAGCCACCCAAAGACGAUGGCGGGAAACCUAUAAAAAACUACAUCAUUGAAAGACAAAUUGUGGGAAGGAAUACAUGGACUAAAGUCGGCGAAGUGCAUGGGUCACAAACAACAUAUUCUUUCACCAAAAUGGAGCCUGGAAAGAAUUAUAAAUUCAAAGUUUGGGCAGUGAAUUCUGAAGGCGUGAGUGAAGCCUUGUUAUCUGAAGCAGUUUCUGCCGGUAGAAGAGAUGUUCCGGGACCUGUUCCAAUACCAAAAAUCCUCAAUGCAAACAGCAAGUCAGUCACGUUGACAUGGACACCCCCAAAAAAGUCCGGAGGUUCCAGAGUAAUUGGCUACAUGGUUGAAAAGCGCAAGAAGAGCAGUAACACCUGGAGUGUGGUAACCGACGCUCCAGUUACAGAAAAGAAGUGGACGGUCACUGAUGUUGUUGAAGGACUGGAGUAUGAAUUUCGAGUGACUGCGGUGAAUUCUUCUGGAUUAGGGGAGCCCAGCUGUGAAAGCGAUUCAGUAUUUGCUCGGGAGCCCAUUAAGCUGCCUGGUGCUGUGAGAGACCUCAAGGUGACAGAUUCCACCCACUCAACCAUUACUCUAGCCUGGACUCCACCAAUAUACCAGGGCAAUGAAGCGGCAAAAGGUUACAUAGUUGAAAUGAAAUCUUCUGGAAGUACAACCUGGACCAGGUGCAACACUGUUCCUGUUGGAUUAACUUCAUAUACCAUGAAAAAUCUAAAGACAAUGGGGAUGUAUUUUUUACGUGUGAGAGCAGUCAACGAUGGAGGAUUGGGGGAGCCUUUAGAAUUAGACAAUUAUGUCCUUGCUAUGCCGCCACCAGUGACCCCCAAGUUUAGAUUGGAUGAAACUUUUAAAAGUUUUAUGAUCAUCAAAGAAGGAAACUCACUUCAAGUCCAGAUGCCUUUUCAAGCAUCACCUCUUCCUGAAAUAAUUUGGGUCAAAGAUGGAUUACCAUUGUCAAAACAUGCAACAGUGACUAAUACCAAUGCUGGCACGCAGCUUUUUAUUUCAGCAUGCCAAAGAUCUGACUCUGGAAUUUAUUCCAUAGUACUUAAGAAUGCUUUUGGACAAGAUUCAUUUAGCUUUGAGAUAAGAGCUACAGCGAUCCCCAAACCUCCUGGUCCAUUGACACUGAAUGAAAAUGUCCCCAACACUGUGACAGUUUCUUGGGAAUCAUCCACAGAUGAGCUUCUUGAUGAUCAUCUGCAUUAUGUCGUCAUGAAAAGAGAUUCAGGCAGACCAACGUGGCACACCGUGGGGGAUAACAUCUUCAACAAUAAGUUUACAGUCUUAAAUAUUAUUCCAGGCCGUAAAUACUACUUCAAGGUCCUGGCAAAAAAUGACAUGGGUUGCAGUGAACCUUCAGACACACAGGAGCCAUGGUGUGUUGCAAAGCAGAAAGAUCAUAUUGCUUUAAAAGUCCCAAACAAGAAGCGCGUAAACAACAUGAGUGCCCCUCAAUUUACUGUGAAGUUGAAGACGCACAUUGCAACCCCUGGAUCUGAUGUUUGUAUGAGCUGCUCUGUUAAAGGGCACCCACCACCCAAUGUGACCUGGUUCAAAAAUAAUACUUAUAUCGGGAACUAUGCAAAUUUCUGGUCGACAAAUGUCUGUGGGGUGUGUUCCCUUUGCAUCUUUAAUGCAAGCCCAAGAGAAAAUGGAGAAUACAUGGUUAUGGCAGAGAAUUCUGCUGGGAAAGCUACCUGUUCCACCAGGUUAACCAUCAGAGAAUGAAGCAACUUUACAAAGAGUUUUUGCAUUUAUGGAUAAGCAACCUGGAUGGAAAAAAAAACAUUAGCUCGUGUCAUUACCACUGAAUCACUUCAGAUGCAUUGUGAGUUUGAAUGUGGAUUCAUCUUCAAAAAAACACAAAGAAUAGGCAGAGCAAAAGUAAAUUACCCUGGGAGAAUUGUUAAGUCUGCAUUUAACUUGAUUGCCAAACUUUGUUCUGCGUUUUGUUGUGGCAUCAUUUGAUUUAUAGAUUAUUUGCUCCGAGUUGUUCUAUAUUCCAACAAAUGAUACAUGUAUUUCAUUUUCAGUAGUGUCAGGUUGGCAAAAGUAAAUGUCAUUACUGCUCACUAAUGCUUCCUUUAUGCUGUGCACUGCCAUUUCCAUGAUUUAUCGUGUUUUUUCAAACUAGAAAUAUAUGCAGACCUACACUGGAGAAUACUUAAUGACAUUUUGCCACGUUGAAUGCUCAAGUUCACUGUAUUUAUAAAGCCGGAAAUUUAGCCUUCCGCCAUAAACUAGCCAUUUCAUCAGUGUUAAAAAGAAGGCAGUUCCUUUUUCUUGGACCGUGUUAUACUACUGAUAUUGUCUUUAUUUGCAUGAAGAGGGCAAAUAUAAAUACAAAAGGCAAAAUAGUGAAAACGUACUCAGACUAUAGGGAAAUAUAUGUUUAUGUUGAGUUGUGGUGUGCAAAUUGCUCUAACUGAAGUCUACGAAGAGCAAUUAUGAUGAGGAAAUAUUCCUUUCAAUUUAAAUUCUGCUGUUAGACUACAAUUGUAAUGUUCUUGAUUUCUCUUUGGUGAAUCAUAUAAAUAAAACAUUUAAAACU